AUGAAGGCCUCUGUGUCUCUUCUUUUGCUGUCGGCUGCCAGCAUGGCGAGUGCUGCCAUGUCCGUCUCCCAGUGCGCACAAAUGUGCCUCAGCAACAUGAAAGCCAAGGCUGGCGAGCUGGGCUGCUCUGCCGGCGACGAUAAAUGUCUCUGCUCCCAAGCCAACUACGGAUAUGGUAUCCGUGAUUGCACUACCGAGGCCUGCCCUGACGACGAUGCCAUCGCUGUCCUCUCCAGUGCCCUUUCCUCUUGCCCUAGUGAUUCUGCAGCUGUCACUGCCACAGGAGCUGGUGGCUCUAGCUCCGGCUCCGGCUCCGGCUCCGACUCCGGCUCUGGCUCUGGCUCUGGUUCUGGCUCGGGCUCUGGUUCUGGCUCUGGCUCUGGCUCUAGCUCCGGCUCUGGUUCUGGCUCGGGCUCCGGUUCUGGCUCUGGUUCUGGCUCCAACUCCGGCUCUGGCUCUGCCUCUUCCACCGCUACUGGCACCGCUACUGGCACCGCUACUGGCACCGCUACUGGCACCGCUACUGGCACCGCUACUGGCAGCGAGAACAGCACGACUGGUGGUGCUGGUGCUGGUGCUGGUGCUGGUGCCUCCUCCACUGGCACCAACGCUUCGGGAACUGGCGCUACUACCUCUGGGGCGAACCCCUCCAACACUGGUGCCACUACAACCGAUACGACAUUGACUACUACUACCACCAGCUCUGAGAACGGCUCCUCCACUGGCAACAGUUCCUCCGAGACUGGAGCUGGUAGCGGCUCCUCCACCGCUACCGGUUCAGGCUCCGGCUCCGGCGCCGGCUCCGCUUCCACCACUGCCCCCAACAGCUCGUCCACUGGCAAUGUUGCCCCUCGCGGCGCUGUCGUUGGUUCCGGUGCCGUUGGAGCCCUGGCCCUCGCUGCCUUGAUUAUCCUUUAG